CCCGCCCAGCCGGCUCCGCCUCCACCUAGUCCCACGCGACGUAGGGAGAUGGCGGAGUUGGACAUAGGGCAGCACUGCCAGGUGGAGCACUGCCGGCAGAAAGAUUUUCUUCCAUUUAUAUGUGAUGGUUGUUCAGGAAUAUUUUGCCUUGAACACAGAAGCAGGGAGUCACAUAACUGUCCUGAGGUGACUGUAAUCAACAAGACACUGAAGUCAGAUAAGAAUACAUCUUACUCAUGCUCAUUCAAGGAUUGUACUGAAAAAGAGCUUGUGCCAGUUUUAUGCCCUUACUGUGAGAAGAAUUUUUGCUUGAGACACCGUCAUCAGUCAGAUCAUGAAUGUGAAAAACUGGAAAUCCCUAAACCUCGAAUGGUUGCCACUCAGAAACUUGUCAAAGACAUUAUUGAUUCCAAGACAGGAGAAACUGCAAGUAAACGACGAAAAGGUGCAAAAAAUAGCGAAACCGCUGCAAAGGUAGCAUUGAUGAAAUUAAAGAUGCAUGCUGAUGGAGAUAAAUCAUUGCCACAGACGGAAAGAAUAUAUUUUCAGGUUUACUUACCUAAAGGGAGCAAAGAGAAGAGCAAGCCAAUGUUCUUUUGCCACCGAUGGAGCAUUGGAAAAGUUGUAGACUUUGCAGCAGCUGCAGCCAGUCUUAAAAAUGAUAAUAACAAAUUAACAGCUAAGAAAUUAAGGUUAUGUCAUGUUACUUCAGGAGAAGCCUUACCCUUGGACCAUGCUUUGGAAACUUGGAUUGCUAAAGAGAAUUGUCCAUUAUAUAAUGGUGGGAAUAUUAUUUUGGAAUAUCUUAAUGAUGAAGAACAGUUUUUAAAAAAUGUUGAUUCUUAUUUGGAAUAAUCAGAGAUUGAAUUCAAAGAUUCAAGUCAAGAAAUCAUAAGGAAAAUUCUAUGUUAUUUUCUUUUAAUACAAAUGCUGUAUAUAUUUUUAUUUUUAAAAGUUGCCAUUUAACUUAUUUUCAUUGUUAUAAUUUACAUUAUCAGUUUUCUAUUAAAUUUAAUUUGAAUUUUGUGUUUCAAAGUUUGAGAUAAUUAUUACCAGAUUCUUGCAUUUAACUAGCUUUUAAUAAAUUAGGCCGUAGUUACUGCAACAAAUAUGUAUUUCUCAUUUGGUUAAUAUCAACUGAUGAUUUGCUGUAACUAUGCUACGAUUCAUCUUUACUCCAAGAUCUAAGCUGAAGGCAGAACUCCCUUUGGUGACAUUGCCAUUUUUAUAACAGUGGAAGAAAGAGAUGGCUUCUAGAAAAUGCAUAACUCACUCUAGCUUUAAGAAGGUCACAUGGGGCCUCCCCGGUGGCGCAGCGGUUGAGCGCUGGGUUGUGAAGCUGCCCGCAGCCUCUGCAGCGCUGGUUCGAUCCCCGGCUGCUCCCCGGACACUGGAGGAGGGUCCCACAUGGCGUGCAGACCUCUCCUGCCGCCCGCUGCUCCUCUCAGCAGUGUACUUCAGUCCUUCUGCCUGCUCUGCUCCCUGCUCUGGCUCUGGUGAAUUCUCUCACCCUCCCGCACUUCUGACUGUACCCAGUGUUUGCAUAAAUAAAUAAAUAAAUAAAUAAAUAAAUCUUUAAAAAAAAAAAAAGAAGGUCACAUGUCCAAGAGUAGCUUUAUGGGGCUUACUUCCUGUGAGAUGUAAAUGGCUAUCUCCUCAAAGAUCACACAUACCAUUUACCUGAGUCAAGGCCAUCCAUCUGACCAUUGUUGUCAUUAGAGUCUUCGGGUACAUCAGGGUUGUGAUGGUGGACAACAAGGAUAGGGAUGUAGGGCUAGCCAUCAGCAACCUUGGCUUACACUUCAAAUUAGCCUCUGUUCAGUGGGGAUAAUCUCCCCACUUGACUUUCUUUUCUAGUCACCUUGGAUCUUUCCUCAUCAUUAUUUAUCUACAGCAUAAUACAUAAAUUGAUAUGUGUACAGGAAUCAUAUAAACUCAGAGAUCAUCUCAUUCAGUCUUCUAAGUUUUGGGGUAAGGAGUCUCCAUCCUAGUAAUGGGGAAAUGAUUUUCUUGGUAUCACUUCACUGCUUUGGGCCAUAUCUCUGAUAAUGACCCUCCUUCAGUUGAUUCACCUUUUCUGCUUGUGCAAAUAUAGUACAAAUGCGAAGGGAAAAAAUGAGAAGAUGAGAUAGCUCAACUUUAUUAUAGUCUGUACGUGCCAAAGAAUAAUGCAUGCCAAAAGUAAUUACAUUUUGCCAGUAACCCACAUUAAUGCUUCUUAUUGAUGUAUACCAUUUAUACUCAUCUGUAAUCUACAUAGAAAGAAAAGUAUUUGUUAUUUUGUCCCGUUUCUAUUUUAAUUGUCAUGAACAAGUAUAAUGGGUUUAGAUUUAAUUAAAGGAAUGAACUCACAAUGUUUAUUUCAUCUCUAAUUCUUCAUAUUAUUUUCAUGCAAAGAAUGGAGAUAACUUCCAACUUUUAUGAAAUGUUUAUACAUUCAUUUAUUAACAUAGUUAUUUGAGAAUUUACUAAACAUGGAUUUUAUUCUAAUUUUGCCAUGGUGGUUAUGAUAAAAAGAUAUAUAUUUAUACUUAUAACUAUUGGGUAGUUGGAAAAGUCGAUACGUAUUCUAUGUUUUUCAAGCAAAAUAUACGUCAUGACUUUUCUGACAACCCAAUAUAAUACAAGUUAGUGUGACAGAUACCAAAUAAAAAGUAUAGCUAUAUUCCUAUAGCUUUUGUAUCAGAAACUAUUAAGAUCACAAGUAGAAAUGUUUCUACUUAUAUAUUAUACAGCUAUAGUUCCAGAUACCCAAAAUUUUAAUACAAACUAAUACUUUAUCAUCUGUCAUAAUUACUUGCACAUAGUAGGUGAUCCACACAUGUAUCAUGAAAUGAUUAGAAGCUAAAUAUAUGAGAAAAAAAUAAUACCGGUGGGGUUGGUAGACGGUGGUAAAGCUGGCAGAAAUUGAGUUAUAUACAAGGAGGAUAAAGAAGAGAUCCUGUCAAUAAUUAAACAGAAAAAAGACCAAGCAUCAAGGAGGGAAGAACUUAUGACAGUAGGCAGACAGGUGGUAACUUAAGUCAAGUCCCAGAUAGUGGAGCAAUUUAGACUGGAAGGGCACCUAUAGCAUCCUCAGACACUGGAUAUUAGAGGCUUCCAUAUGAGUAGUCUUGUAGGUAUGAUAGUUUUUCUCUUUGAAAAGCUUUUCACUUUCAAAUUACCGUGAAAUCAGGCAACUUUCUAUGACUUUGUUUUCAGGCUUUUGUUGAGUUUAAUGAAGUCUUAGGUUUCACAAUCCCCAUUUAACCUAGUAUUUUCUACCUGCUUCCAGGCAACUAGAAUUAGAAGGAGAAAACCCACAAAGAGAAGAGAAAAAGUUUUAUAUUCAGAUAAAUAGUUGUAAUAACACCAACACAAUGGAGCUUUGCUUUAAAUGUAACUAGGCAGUAAAAUAUGUGAAUGAUAGAUUACUCAGAUUUUGCCCAGAUUUGUUUUAUUUCCCAGUUUUCAGAUAAGAAGGAUGGAGAAUUUGAAGAAGGGGAAAGGUUGUAGAUAGAGGAGUCUGAGGGUGAAAAAAUUUACGUUCAUUAACAUGUUUGACUUAGGCAGCAUAUAUUGUGAAUUAAAUAUUUGAUUAUAAAGAUAGCAUAGGUUUCAUAA